AUGAUGAGAUGGGGAAAAAAGAAAUCCGUUUCUUCUUCUUCUUCUUCUUCCGUGUUGUCUCGUUCUCAUCCAGUUUCUUGGUUUUCACGGCUAAGUGGCUCUUCUGACUUGAAACCUGCAAAAGAGAAGAAGAAAGAUGAAAAGCCUAGCCAAGCCCAAAACAUGUCUGUAAAAUCUUCCUUGAGUACUACUAAAAGUCGGAACGAUAUUCAUCAGAGCAGCAAAAGGUUUCAGAGAGCAUCAGUAGAAAAGGAGAACUCUGCAACAAGGUCAGAAGAUAAGGAGUCAAAGGAAAAGUUUGAAGAGAUAAUGAGCAGUGUGAGGAAGAAAGUAAGAGAUUUCCAAAGAGAGACGCGUGGCUUACUGGAAGUAGAGGCAACGGAUAGAGACAAAGGAACUGUGAUCAUGACGCCAAGAAUUCAGGCAAACAGAGAUAAGCAGAGAUGUGAGAGACGUGACCAAAGGCUUCUCGAACAAAAGCCAAAGAGAUCAGAACAAGAGGCAGAGGUCAAGGCGAAAAAACCAGCGAGAAGGACAGGAACAGGAAACAGUGAGGAUUCAGUGAUUCCUGAUCAUACCGAAACAAAACCGGCUCAUCAGUGGCAAAAGCUCAAGGAAAUCAAACUAAGAGAAGUGAAGCUGAAGGCUGACCAACAGAGGAAAUCUAUGUACCUAAAAAGGGAGCUAAACAGAUUAGGAACAAAAGGAAACAGCAAGGUGAAAGUUUUUUCACCAAGAGCAUCUGAAAAAUGCAGAGUUAAAGCUAUCGAAGACUUGAAGAAGGCUAAACUGAGAGCAAGGGAGCAAGAGCUUGUGACAGAAUCAGCAGAUGGAGGAAAAGAGAAUGAAAGCUUUGCAGUAGUGAAAUGCUCAAGCGAUCCUCAGAAAGAUUUUAGAGAUUCAAUGAUUGAGAUGAUCAUGGAGAAUGGUAUCAACCACCCUGAAGAACUCAAAGAGCUUCUGGUUUGCUAUCUCAGACUCAAUUCCGACGAAUAUCAUGACAUGAUCAUCAAUGUGUUUCAGCAGGUGCACAGUGAUUUGAAUUUUCAUUAA